GUCCUACGUGACCAUGCCUUAAUUCACAAGCAACACCCCCAAACAAAGAAAUUAAAAGAGAUUUGGAGAGGGAAGGUGAGAAAAAGACCUUUGCAGUUCUACUAUCACCUCUCCCUUCUCCCUUCUCCCUUCUCCCUUUCCCCCCAACCCCCCAAUAAACUGUAGAGAUUAGUAACAAGGAAAUCAAAUUGCAGAUGGGGCGAGAUGACGACCCACGGCUUUCCCUUCUUGAGAAACAACUUGAAGCUUCACUAGAUAGGAAUCGUUCACUGGAAAAAGAAAACGAGCAACUGCAGCAAGAGAUACUCCACCUGAGAACACAGCUCAAAUCCUUCAAAGCCCAGAGUUCUGAUGGUAAAUUUUCUGUCUUGAAGAAGCUACAGAACCCAGAUGGCACUAGCAGCUUCUACACAAAUGCAUCAACACAACAGCUGCAGAAACCAACUUCCCAUACUAACUCAGGAGAAUCCCCAGAACUAUCUUCAGCUACAACAGAGCGACAGCCAAGGGUACCAAAGCCACCUCCAAGGCCCAGUUCACUUACUGUACCUUCAACAGAAGUAAUAAAUGGACAUAAAGCACCACCAGUUCCACCGCCUCCACCACCACUACCAUCGAAGUCUUUAAAUGGGACUCCUCAUACUACAAAAAUCCGCAGAGUGCCAGAGGUCAUGGAAUUCUACCGCUCACUUACCAGAAAGUACUCAAGAACGGAUCAGAAAACCAACCUUCCAGGAUUUCCAGGAGCUGCAAAUGCACGAGAGAUGAUCGGAGAAAUCGAAAAUCGUUCCACAUAUCUCUUAGCUAUAAAAUCAGAUGUAGAAACACACGGGGAGUUUAUUAGAUUCUUGGCAAGGGAGGUUGAGAAUGCUAAAUUCAAGGAGAUAUCAGAUGUGGAGGCCUUUGUGAGAUGGCUGGACGAGGAACUAUCUUACCUAGUAGAUGAAAGGGCUGUACUCAAACAUUUUACUGAGUGGCCAGAGAGAAAAGCAGAUACAAUGAGAGAAGCGGCAUUUAGUUACAGAGAUCUGAAGAAGCUUCAAUCUGAAGUCUGGUCUUUCCAGGACAACCAUAAGCACAGCGUUAGCUUAGCUCUGAAAAGGAUACAAUCGUUGCAAGACCGGUUGGAACAGAGUGUUCACAAUGCAGAGAAGAUGAGGGACAGUGCGUGUAAAAGAUACAGAGAGUUCCAGAUCCCUUGGGAGUGGACACUGGACACUGGCAUGAUCGGUCAGCUGAAAUUUAGCUCGAUGAAACUAGCCAAGGAACACAUGAAACGGGUUGUACAUGAACUACAAACCACGGAGUGCCCAAAAGAGGACAUUAUGCUCCAAGCAGUUCGAUUUGCCUUCCGAGUGCAUCAGUUUGCCGGGGGCUUUGAUGGGGAGACGAUGCGCACAUUUGAAGAACUAAGGAAGGUGGCCACAGGUUUUGACAAACAACAGCAAUCUAUCAGAAAGUAGGAUAGCUAAAAGUAACACAAGAUUCCCGGUAUGGAUUGUAUCUGUAAAUUAGAAUCUCUGAAUUAUUAAUCAGUAGUUCCAGAGAAGAUUUCAGAUGCACACUUUACUUGCAAAACCAUUCACUGUAUUUUUGUUCCAAA